GCCUGGCGGAGCCUCCCGCUGAGCCGAGCCGGGCCGGGCCGGGAGCCGGCGGAGCUGGAACUGGUACCGCUGCCGGUCCCGCUGCCGCGGCCGCGCCCGCCGCUGCUGGGGGAGGCGGCGCCGGCGCCGCGCCCCCGCGCCCCGCCCGCCCCCGGCAGCAGCAGCGGCGGCAGCGGCAGCCUCAGCAGCUCGGGCAGCUCCGCCGGCAGCACCAGCGGCAGCACCAUGGAUCUCUCCUUCAUGGCCGCGCAGCUUCCUGUUAUGGGAGGAGCCUUUAUGGACUCACCCAACGAGGACUUUAGUACAGAGUACUCCUUGUUUAACUCAUCAGCCAACGUCCAUGCAGCUUCUUCCAUGCAGAAUCCACCAGAAGAGACAUCCCGGUCUUCAAACGAUGCCAUAUUGUUAUGGAUUGCAAUAAUAGCAACAAUUGGAAAUAUCGUGGUUGUGGGAGUGGUGUAUGCCUUCACCUUCUAGGAUGACUGUCCCUCCAAACGCUGAAAGAGAGGAAAACUGCAAAAGUAUUUGUCCUGUGUAUGUAUGUAUGUGUGUAUAUAUACAUGUAUAUCUAUAUAAAUACAUAUAGGUAGGGACUUUGUUGAUUAAGUGCUGCCACAAUCAUGGAAAUGAAAUGCAAGUUAAUCACCUUAAAUCUUGAUGCCAGAAAGUUUGGAUGCAAUUGCAAAUUGUAUGCAGGUGAGAGCUUUCAUUGAGAAUGGAGCCAAUACCCGUUUUGUAUAGAAAUGUAAUAAGAGAGAGACGACUGUGGGUAUAGUAAAUACAAAGAGAAAGUGAGAUUUAUAUAGAAAGUGCUUAUUUUCUACUGUUUAGAUUUUUCUAGCAGCUCUUCUGCAUUUUGUCAGCUUUUUUGUGCAUUUUUUUACUGUGGUAUAAUGUUCUAUGAAAUUGUUCUAUGUCAUAUUUGCUGGACGUUUUAGUUUUCCAGAUGGACUAAGUGGUCGCCAUUGGCUCAGUUCUGACGAAGUACACGUUCUUCAUGCGUGAGUCUUGAGCACGUGCAUACUCUAGGCUGUGUUCAAAUCAUGAGUCUUAAAAGCUAUGAUGGGCAGACGCACGCUGUCUAACACCUGCCCUUCCAGUAUCAAUUACUGGAUCUAAUAAUCUAUGUGUUGAUGCUAACCCUGUUUGCAGGAGGAGGAGCAGCUAUUGCACAGUGUGCCUGGUCUGCAGAACCUCUGCGCUCCAGAGAAGGACGUGUUAAACGGAACAGCAGCAAAAGCUCCCAUUUCUGUCUAGAGGUACUGGAUUGCAGGGACAACAGUGGUUUGUAGAUGUGUCCCUUUCAGGAAAACAAAGGCCAAAUACCAUGCUUUUCAGCUCAUUUCACUGUAAUCCGGAUUUCCCACAGCAACCAUAAGCUUAUCGGUGUAUCAAAAGAACGUGGGGAAAUUGUGAAGCCUAAUUAACAGUGAAGGAUGAAAGCAAGACUGGACACUUCUGUGCUUGUGAGGGAGUGAGUGCAAGGGUCAGGUGUGUCCUGGAGUAGAAACAGCACCAAAAAAAGGUAGUAAGUGACAGACAUGCAAGUGCUUGUGUCUCUGGGUUCUGAUGAGGCUCUUGGAAGUGAUUUUUAUAUAGCCGAUUAUCUCAAUUUAUACUCCGAUUAUCAUUUGGAUUUGUUCUGUUGAGCGAGAACAUUUUCACCGCCUUGUUUCCAUGAGCAGUUCCUUUUUAAGGGCUGUAUCUUUUCAAAACAAGCUGUAGCUUUCCUUAUUCCAGAGAUUAUAAAAUCUUGAGGGAAGGAAAAAAAACAAAACAAAACACAAAUAUACAAAAUGUCUGCACUUUGAGAGUAGUAGAUUCUUCCUCUCUGUCUGCAUGUACUGUAUAGGUUUUCUGUGUCAUACAGCUACUACCCUAAUUCCAGAAAGCCUUGUCUGCAGAAACAGAGACUAUUUUUGACGCUUGCCUGCCACUGAGCUUGAGGCUGGACUAAGAGAUGCUGAAUUUAUAUUUCAUAUAUAUAUUUCUUUUAUAUUUAAACCGUUUUUCCUGCAGGGCUGGUGGACAGUUACUUGAAUCAAAGCAGCGUGUCCCAAAUCAGUAUUUAUAACCACUCAAUAGUCAUCGUAGAUUUUUUUUUUUUUUUUCCUACUCCAUGAACUGGCCUUUACAGCUGGGAAGGAUGCAGAGCUAGCAGGGGGGAGGAAAGAAACUAAGUUGUCUUGAGGAUGAGACAUACAAUGACAACUCACUUGAGGAACUGAGCUUCUGUGUGUGUAGUUAUGGCCCUGUUGGGACACAGGGUUUUGUGAAGAUGGUUAAGGACAGACAAGAUCUGUGCUGGGAAAACAUUUGAGAAGCCCAGUUCUGGAAGAUCAGCGGGACAGUAAGCAAAUUUUGUCUAAUAAAAUAGCUGUAGCCUUAAGAAUGGUAUAAAAAAUAUGAUUUUCACUGUCCUAAAGUAACUAUUCGUUCAUUCACAGGCAAAGGAUAAUAAAAAACGGGAGCUGCAUAAGUUGUGUACCUUUCCUGUUUUUCACUCCUCUCUCUCUCUCUGAGCAGAAAGCAAGCUGUUAAGUGAGGUGGGAAGGCUGCAGAGAAGCUUCCAACACAGAAACAAGCAAGGUCUGGUAUAUAAACAUGUAGGACCCAUGGAAAUAUUGCUUAAUGUGAUGUACUGUCCCCAACCAUUUUCUGAUACUCUAUUGCCUUUGUAACUGUAUCAAUUACUCGUGGACUUCAGUGUUUCUGUAGGCUCUCUAGUUAUGCCAGAUCUUGCAAGCAGUGGUUUUGCGUGAAGAGGAAAACAUUUCCACCAUGAUUAAAACCAGUUUGACAGUAUGGUAUCUGCCCAAUGGGAUUAUUGUACUGCUUAAUGGAUUUUUCCAGCAGACUGCUUUGUUUAAAUUUCUUAGAAUAUUAAUCCAAAUGCAAUUAGCAAAGUUUGUAUCUCUUUCCCAAAGAGCUGGACUGAAUUCUUCACCCAUGAAAAGCAUUAGAGCAGGAACAGCAAAGAACCACCACUCUGCUAAUGAAACCGAGUGACACUUUUGUGUUGCUUUUCUCAAAGAAAGUGCCCUACUUUCAUGUGAAAUUGCUAGUAGUAGCAGGAGUGUUGGAAAACAAUGAGUUCUGCCUCCCUCAUCCAGAUCAUCCUCAUACAUAUUUUUCAGCGUUAGAGGCAGAGUUGUCAAGAAGGUCCAGACAGAACUUUAAUUAAAGUAAUUGGCUUGACAGGGUGACAUGGCAAACUGGGUGCACGCAGCAAGUGCAGGCAUCUCCUGUCUUGUAGUUAAAGACACUGACUGUGUAGCUUCUCUGUUGAGAAAAAAUGAUGCAGAUGCAAGAAUGCUGCAUGCAAGAGGCUGUAGAGAAUGGUGUCAGGUGUAUUAAAGAUCCCUAAAUUGCAGUGGGCAGAGCUGGUAGUGGAUGAAUGGUGGAUGUUUCAUAGGUGUGGUCCUGUGAAAGGUGUUACUGCCUCUGUAUGUGGGCAUAUGUUAUAGUCUGAACUGUCAGUGCAGUGUGACUUGGAGCACUGUAGCUUCUCCUUUCCUUAGAGCCAGGCAGUUGGAUAACUGCUGUCGCUCACUGAGGGGUGACGAGGAAGCCCAAACGCAUUCCCCAGAGCUGUUCUCUGAAACUCUUCUGUAAAAGCAGAAGAGCGCUCUGUGCUUUGCUGAGCACUUUGUGUAUGAGCAUGAGAGCAGGAUUGCACCUACAGAAGAUCUAUGCUUUAAAUAAAAGCAUCUAGCACAGAUAAGUUACAAGAUCCUGAUUGGUGUUUGCUCUGUAGUAGACAAAGCAAAACACUUUCUAUAUGCAGUGCUAGACCCCUAGCUGUGUUGUAAGCAUCAUUGUGCAAACACAAAAAGCAAUACUGUAUGUGCUCUGCAAAGUUAUUAAUGAGCCAUGAGAAGCAGGUAGACAAACUGGAUGCCCUAAUGCAUCUCUUCUAGCCAUGGCCUCUGGGGAUUGAUAGCAACAUAUCAAAUAAUUGAACUGUCUCUUAAGAAUUUUUUUUGCUCUAAGCAGCCAGCAGCUUGACACAGCAGCUUUGCAGCCACCGCAGCAAAGAGACUAAAGGCUGAACGGUUAUGGAGGUAGGUGCAAAGGCACUGUAGAUAAAAGAACAAGGUAGGGAAACUCACACAGCUACUCCUGGUUUAUUUUUACCUGCAGCACUAGGAGUCUGUGCUUGUCCACAGCAUUAACAUCCUCCUAAAAUAAAAUGAGGGAGGAGGAUGUAUUUCUGUGUCAACACACUUGCAAAACGGAACAACAGAUUUUGAAACUGGUGCAACAGUAGCACAGAGACUCAUCUGCUACAAAUAAUGUAUUUAGCCAUUUAAGUGGGCAAGCAAGCUGUAGAUACCUCAGAAGCAAUGAGACCCCCUCUCCAAAAUCCUUGUUUGCAAUAGGACGUGAGGGCAGUUGGCAUCCCACCAAACUGCUGCGCAGCCUGUAAUAACAAGUCCCAAAUCAAGAGUGAAUAGAAGCAGCCAGCCAUUAUAGUCUUAUCCUGUACAUCAAUUUGAAGAUAAAGGGAAAAUGUGCCUUUGUGUCUGGGACCAAACAAGCACAGGAGUCUUUAGUCUAUAUGUUGUUAUCUAUUUUUGUCUAUUAUUAGAAGCUUUCGUUUUGCAAUUCUCAAACAAUUCCAGUUGUUAACAUCUUCACAUUUCUCUGCAGGCUGCUGAGAGUUAUUAAUUUCACAUAGCUCUGUCCAUUUAUCUGAUGUAAUUUUACUGGGUUUCCUGUGGCUAAUCACAGAGCAGAAUCUGGAAAAUUACUCUUUUUAAGGAUGGUUUCCAUUAUUCAGAGAAAUAGGCCAAAAAUCAGAAUCCCAGAUCAAAAUGCUUCUGUGCUUUCAGAGCAUUCAGAGCUCUGGAGAAUUGGAUUUCAUCUGAUUAAUGUGCAGAAAGGAAAAGGGCAUUCAGGUCCCUAGUGAUAAUGUCAGACAUCAGGGUUCUGACAGGCAGAGCUGAGCGCUUCAUUACCUCCUGCUCUGCCCCUCUGAGCCCUGCUGUCCUGCGUCCAACACAGCCCGAGCUUAAGUAAGUGAACUAACCACCAGGUACAGCAUGUCCCUCCUCGUCUUACAGCUUGCUAAUCCUCAGGGAAACAAGUGCAUUUGUUCCAUUCACAGAAGAAGAGCCAGAGAUCAAUAUUCUGCUAGGGUAUAUUGUUGUUGGUAAACUGGUCUGCCACCCAUAAGGUAAAGGUAGGGAUGUUUUCACAGGUAGUUAGCCCUUUGCCCCUGAGCUGGGAACAUCCUGAAGAAAUCAAAGCAUCCUGAGCCCUUGAAGUCUCCUGCUGCCCUUGAUCUGACACUAACUAUUUGCAUUUUCUCAUAGCUUUUGUAUUUUCUCUUUGUCUUUUAACCUAUCUUUCAAACUCAAACAGUGAAAAUGAAGUCAUCACUAUGCUCUUCUCUGGACGUGUAGGGAAAUCCUAACAGCUAGGGACCAACUAUGUCCACUGUUACUUUUUGGCCCUUCAGGCACAAAGGAGGAGGAAAGCGUUCAAUUGUCUACCCAGGAGAAUAUGUGCCUUUGCAGAAAAAAAAUGCAUGGCAAUUUUAUCUCAUUCUGGCCUGUACCACAGUAUUUAUGCUGAGACAACAUGACCAGACCUAUUUUUGCAGUAACCUGUUUUGAGAAUUACAGCAACACAGCCAGGAACUGGAAAAGAAAACAACCCUGAUGAUAACACAAACCUGUCACAUAUCUCAUCAUCUCGAUGACGUGCCUCUGAAGGCAGGUUUACCUGAGUGUCAUAGGCAGGCUUGAUCCGCUGGUUACUGAGGCAAAUGCCCUUUUGUACGAGCACAUAUUGGUCUCCAUCUUUUCAGGAAGUCUUCGGAGCAUUGUGCCACCCAUGCUCUCUUUCCUGAUCAGCCUGAUAGCUAAAGGUAUUUUUCAGUUGUAGAAAAUACUUGAAAAGCUUCCCUUGUUAGUAGAAUACAUGCAAGAUUUACUUUCCAAAGCUCUGCUCUGCUUAGUCUCCCUGCAAAAGCAAAAAACACCUAGUUUUUGUAAGCUAAUGAGUCAAGUAUCGUCUGUACAGUAGCAUCAUCUCAUUUAAAUCUAUUGCUUUAUACCAGUAGAACUCAAAGAGGAAUCUUACUAUUACCCAGACUUCAAAAAGGCUGAGAACAGAGACAAGUUGCUCCUCAAGAAUGUCUCAGGAGUCGCUACCUGAUCCUUUAGGCUACAUCAUUCCUCAGUCCUCCCCAGAGUACCCCGAUGCGAACUUGCAUCCAUCCUUUAAAACCCUUAUCACCACCAUUUGUCUCUACACCUUCAUUUUAUUUCUCCCUUUAUCUUCUGUGUAUUCUUUUCAUUCCCUGGUAUCAGAGCAUGUGAGCGUUUGGAAGCCAGCAAUGUUCUUCUGCCCUUCUUAACCACCUCCUUGACUGCCUUUCACUGACAGUAAUGUCAGUGAUAAGUCAGGACUUAUCACAGUAAGUACAAAGAUCAGUGGUAUAAGGUCUCUUCCUGUAGGAAGAUAUUAAACAUUAUCUGCCUUAGCAAACCGCAAAGUGUUUCCGCCAAGCAGAAGAGUAAGAUGUGGCCAUGAAUCUUGCUAACUGUAUUGUCAGUACCCAUAUGACCCAAAGCUCCUUUUAGAAACUCAGAUUUUAUAAAUAUACUGCGCUGUUCUUCUUGCAGUCAGCUUUUACCAAGCUUUCCUCAACCCAAAGUCCCAGUCAGAAUCGGUGGUAAUGCACUUGGGGGUGGGGCAAGGGGAGUGGAAGUGCCAUAUGCAGGAGACUCGAAAAGCUCCAUGUGACUUGUUGUAGGGUCAAGGCCAUUAACCACAAGCCUAAAUCAGUGAAGAAAAAUGACCACAAUGUGCUAUGCCAUGGGUAUUUCAAAUGUAGUCACACCUGUAGUUCUCAGAUGCACAGCCAAGCUGCCGUGGCCAGAUUGCAUGUUUCUGAGUCUCGUUGUCAACAAAAGGAGGUGUGUUCCUCAGCCAGAACCUCACAAGUCCCCCUCACAAGUCCCUGCUUGUUCUGGUAUGGUUUUGGAGCUUCCUGAGCUGCACUCAUUAAGGUGAGUGGGAGUUCAGUCCCACUAAUGAGCAAGUAAGAUUGAACUGUUUACAGAUCUAGGCCUAAAACUCUUUUCAGUUACUUGCCUUCAUAAGGAUACUCAAAGUUCCCGAGGCUGUGAGCUGCUCUAUCCAGAGGGACCUUUGCCUCCACCUGGAGUCAACUGGAUUAAUAACACUUCUUUUACACUUCUGACGUCUGCUUCAGUGGAUCAGCUUGCAGGACUAGCUCUGGGUUGCUGCCGUUUUAUUUUAAAUAUAUCUAAAGAUGUCCAUAAUUUCCUAAUCAAAAGGAAGAAAGAAAGCAGAACACUGUAUUUUUUUAAAUGAGAAGAGAAGGUAAUAAAAAAACAAGUCUGAAUAUUUUGAUAGAUAUGCUGGAAGGGUAUAUAACGUAGCAAACAGUUGCACUAUUUUUUCUAUUGUCUGAGCACCUAACCUGAGAAAUAUUUGUUCUUUCUCUAACUAAGAACUCUUUCAGUUCUGAAGUUAUAAAGUUUGGAAGGAGUGGAGUGCAAAGCCCCAAUGAAACUUUAAAAUAAUGUAAAUAACUCCAGUAGCUAGCUGUGCAAGGUAGCCUAUAACAUUUGUUUUGCAGUUAUCUCAAAUAUCUCCUGGUUGUUGGGGGUUUUUUUUCCAAAAUAAGCUAAAUAGUGACACUUCUGAAAGCAUCUGUACUUCAUGCAAAAAUCACAGUCAUGGAAAUAACAUCCUUCAGCUCAUGUAAAACAGCUUUACAGGAGCCCUUUAAUAUGCACUGCUAUUUUUCUUAAUAUUCCUUGACAAUUUAAUUCUCUUGUGCUUUCUCUCUGCUACCCUGUUUUGUACACACAGGUUCGCAGGACUUCUCUGUAUUGUUUUUGUAAUAGAUGGGUUAGUUUAAAGAAAAACCUUUACUCUUGUAAUAAUCGUUCUUGAAAUGUGGAUCUCUAUCUGUAAAGAGAAAAACAACUUUUAAAAUGCCCUCUGUUUUCUCUAAGUUUACUGUAAUUAGCAAGUUUAGUUAACAGAAAUGUAGUCUUUUAAGCUCCUGUUAUAUUCUUUUCUGGUUAUUGACUGCUUUCACUAUGUGCGUACUUAGUACUGGUUCCUUCUUUUACUAUGGUGAAAAUGACAAGUUUUGUUAAUAUCGGAUGGAAAUUGUGUUUUUGGAUAAAGUUCUUCAAAUUGA